CACCUCGACUAAUCUCGGGGCCCUGUACCGAUCGACCGGGCAAAGAUGCAAUGGCCCACCAAUAGCCAGCUGGGAGUAGGAUUCGAACCUAAGACCUAGAGAAGAGCAAACUCCUAGAUCUCUGGUCCCUUGCCCUCAACCAACUGGGCUACCCUUGCGGGUUCAUAAUCAUCAUCCAUUCACCAGCUCCUUUUGUUUUUGAGGAGCGAACAUGAAAUUUGAAGACUUGUUGAUGAUUCAGCCGAGUGAUCCUCCUCUUCAUCAGGAGGAGAAGAAGCAGACAAGAAGAGAAGACCUCCAGGAAAAGAUCGAGAAAUUGGAAGAAGAAUUAGAUGCACAACUCAAACUCAACAAAAUUUUGCACUGUGCACUGCAAGGACCUGUCCACUUGUGUCCCUGUCUUUCCAAAUCGCUUCCUUCUAAGGUUCAAGUGUUGCUUGCAGAAUUGGCUAGGAUGGAGGAAGAGAUCAUUUGGUUAGAGAGAAAAGUGGACCACUUGAAAUUAAGCUUGUACCAUGAGAAGCACCACCACCACCAUCACCACCACCACCAGCAAACCAAGGAUUGGGGAUUCCCCGACGCACAUCCUCGACAGAAACAACUACAACAACAACAACAACAACUAGCAGCCACCACCUAUGGACUAAGCAACCACCCAAUGGAGGUGGUCAGUUGCAGAUCACUGGUUUCCAGAUCACAAGAUUUCCAACAACAUUAUCAUCAUGACAAGGUGUUCAGAGUUUUAAGAGAAAGAAGUGCUUCUUUUGUUUCUCCAAUGGAUAUUCUAAGCCUGCCUUCUUCAAUCAACUCCUCCUAUGUAACAGAGGAAAUUGCUGAAACUUCAAGAUGCUCAAGGAGAAGAAUCAGAAACCAUAACCAUUUAGACACAAAAAUUGGCAUUGAGAAACCAAAUGAACUCUCAGAACAACUGAUAAACUGCUUGAUAGGCAUAUUCCUCAAACUGAAUCAGGCAUCGCUCGGUAGAAAAGGAUCGGCUAUUGUUCCGAAGCAUCAUCCUCUGUCUUGCAUAAACUCAAGAGGUUUCAUUUCAAAGACCACAUUCAACUACAAAGCACUUCCUGCAUUCUCGUUUGAUAACACAUCCAACAUUGACCCUUACGGCAUAUUUCUAGAUUUCGAUGGCCCUAUCAGAGAUGUUGGCCCAUACAAGCAUUUCAUUCAAAUAACACGAAGUUCACUGGAUAUUAGCCAUAUUUCUGAGUGUUUUCAAGCAAUGGGUAAACUCAGAGUCUUGAUGCAUACACUCUGCAAUGUGGACAUAACUUUCUUAACCUACAAGCAAAAGUUAGCUUUCUGGAUCAACAUCUACAAUGCCUGUAUAAUGCAUGCUUUUCUACAACAUGGGUUGCCUUCCACAGAGGAGAAACUGCUGGCACUUAUGAACAAGGCUGCAAUUAAUGUGGGCGGCAUAGUCCUAAAUGCUUUGGCUAUUGAGCACUUCAUUCUCAGACAUGCAUCUGACUCUAAACAUUUCUUCCUGACAUAUUUAUAUCUGAUCUACAAGGGCCCAAUAGAUGAGAAGGAAAUGAUACUACAGCAUGCCUACGGUCUGGGGUAUCCAGAACCUAAUGUGACAUUUGCUCUUUGCCGAGGCAGCAUGUCUUCACCAGCGUUAAGGGUGUACACGUCAGAUGAUAUUGUGAAUGAACUGGGAAGAGCAAAAGUGGAGUAUUUGGAAGCAUCUGUGGGAGUAACCAGCAAGAAAAAGAUUGUGGUGCCUAAGCUUCUGCAAUGGCACAUGAGAGAUUUUGCAGACGACAUGCAGUCGCUACUGGAAUGGAUUUAUAGUGAGUUGCCACAUUCUGGCUCACUAAAAAGGUUGAUAAUGGAGUGCCUAAUUGGUGAAACAAAGUCUCCUAUAGCAAAGAAGGCAGAAAUUCAGGUCAAUGACUCUGAAUUCCGUUACUUGCUUCCCUUGUAAGCUAAACAAGGAAAGAAAACACAGAGCAGCUGACAAAACAGUUAAAAAGAUUUACAAAUACAAGUGACAGAACUAUAACAGCUCUAGAAUUCAAGACAUCAGCAAGGAUAGAUGAAAAGCGACACUUUGCUCUAGACCUGUUGAUUUUUGGGGAAAUAACUUGUGUUUGAUGUGCUUAUAAUUCUUAUCAAUGUUCAAUGUAUUAUGUGCCAAACCCCCACCCCCCCUUCCUUUUUCCCUUUUAUUUUAGGUUUGAUGUUACCAACGAAUUUGAAUCUUAGGGGAUUGUAACAACCUAUCUCAUACCCAGUAAAAGUCACCCACCCACAUUAUGCAUUUAAGCUCAAAUAGCAGUGUUUCAUCCACUGGGACACUUCAAUGUUAACAAGUAAUAGCAAGUGCAAAAGGUCAAUA